AUGUUUUUGGUUUUUAUAGCAAAACAACUAUUUCAACAAAUUCGAUCCACAACAUAUUUACAAGUUACAUCACUCUUUGCUCUUGUUGCAAGUAUACCGGCUGCAACGGAACUGAACGUCUAUAAAUGGACUUUAAAUAUAAAUCGUACAGAUAUAUUUCAUUGGUUUAAUUCAUUUUAUACUGUUCCAUCAUCAACGGCAACAAUCACACCACCCGUUUGGCUGGAUGUGUAUCAAUCUGGUCAGUGA